ACCUAUAUAUAUGUCGCCACCACCACCACCACCAUCAUUACCAUCACAAUUGUCGCAAAACAACCAUUCGCAAAUCGCGGGAAGUCUUGGGAAUCAAGUCUCCAACGAAUCCUCACCAUCUCGCUGCCGGAAUAAUAACGUAGAGUCGCAAGGAAACUCCAGGAACGGAGAAGCUCGUGAGGGUGAAGCUCGUGCGGCAUCAGUAAAUAGUCAACAUCCACCUGGAAAUAAUUGGAGCUUCGAAGAACAAUUCAGACAGGUGCGUCAGUUGUACGAACUGGAUGAAACCCCUGAACGGAAGGUAUUUCUUGACGACCUCUUUACUUUCAUGCAGGGUAGAGGUACACCCAUCAGCCGACUGCCCAUCAUGGCAAAAUCUGUAUUGGAUCUCUAUGAGCUUUACAAGUUAGUUGUAUUACGAGGUGGAUUGGUCGAGGUAAUCAACAAGAAGCUGUGGCAGGAAAUUAUUAAGGGUCUUCGGCUACCAGCGAGCAUCACUUCCGCCGCGUUUACUUUGCGAACUCAGUACAUGAAAUAUCUGUAUCCGUACGAGAGAGACAAGGAAGGGCUGUCGACCCAAGAACAACUCCAGACGGCGAUCGAGACGAAUCGUCGCGAGAGCCGCAGGAACAAUUACGCGGCUUAUCCUGACAAUCAAGUACCGCGUAGCCAGCACAACUCGUUGACGCCGAAUCCAAUGCCGUUGCCGCUCUCCAUCGCCCAAAUGGCCGUGGCUGCGAAUGAAUCGCAGCAUCAUGUCGUAAACGGACAUCCACACGGUCCGCAACAUCAUCCGCAACAUCUUCCACCAAAUCUGGGUAAUCUUCCUUCUAAUCAGCACUAUAUGCUAAGGAUAUUGAGAGACCGAAAUACAAUGUCCAAUAACCCGAUGAUGCAAGGGGGCACACCGACGCCGCCACCAACAAUGGCAGAGGGAUUUAAAUCCGGACUACAUUUGUGGAAUAUGUACAGUCCAGGUAACAAUAAUAUGUAUCCAGCGUCACAACCCUUCUCUCCAUCAUCGUCUCAUUCGCCAUUAGCACCGGCAAAUAGUCCUGAACCACAGAGGGAAGCCUUAGAUCUCGCAAAUUCUGGAAACAGGUAAUCAUUGGAUCCGGUUUUUUUUCCAACCCCUAGUAGAUCCGUCAGUUCACCGUCAUUCGGAGGAGAGCCGAAGAGAAAUCAAGAGAAUACCGAACUCUCAUCUCCAACCCCCUCCACUAAAAGAAUGUUUUUAUCCGAUGUGGAAGGAAAUAAUAUGUCUAAUUCCUUGCGUAUUAGACAAGUGGUUACCACUCGAGAUCCCACAAGACGAAAAGAAUUAGAAAUUAGUUUAAAUAUUAAUGGUACUUUGUAUGAAGGCGUCCUGGCAGUUAAACAGGAAGGCAGUAGUAAUGGCAGCACCUCGUCGAGUCCCGAUAAUGGAAAACGAACACAAAAUAACGAAUCAUGAACAUUUGAAAGACACACGAUUUCGUACGACAACAAAUUAGCCUCGGAGAGUCUAAUUAAUAAUUUUGUUCUUUAGACAGCUACAUACAAGACAUCAGGCAGUCACAACUAGACAUUGGAUUCUUAUGCAAUUUUAUAUUCUUUUAGAAAGCAGAUUGGAAAG